AUGAAAGAGCACAGGUCUGGGAGCACGAUAUCUCCGGCGAAGUGUUUCAGAGGGACUACCUUUUUGAGCCGUCCUGUCUUCCGACAACCUGGAUUCCAGGUUUGCGGAAAGAACCAGGUGGUAACGGUGAGUACUGAGUGCAUGGCUGGGACCUUGACCGCUUGUAUGCUCGCACCCGUUUCCUCUCCCCCACCAGUACGAAAAUUCCUAGCAAAAAGAACUGAUGCAGCCACUGCCAUAACUAGUUAUAGGGAGCUAAUAAAAACACCAUCCCUCCAUGCUGAAAUCGUCCACUCCCACCUGAUUAAAACUGGACUUAUCACCGAUAUCUCCAACGCCGACACACUCAUCCACAAGCAUUGCGAAUCAGACCUGAUCAUUCACGCGCAACAAUUGUUUGAUGAAAUGCCUGAUAGAGAUCUUGUUUCUUGGACUUCCUUAAUUUCUGGGUAUACCCGGCUACAGAGGCCUAGAGAUGCUCUUGAAACUUUUGUUAACAUGGUGAAUCUGGGAUUUGCUCCUAAUAAUUUCACCUUGGGAAGUGUACUCCGGUCGUGUUCUGAAUGUGGGGAACUAAGAAUUGGGGAACAGCUACAUGGAUCAAUAGUGAAGAUGGGCUUGCUUGAGAAUGAGUUUAUUGCUAGUGGCCUCAUCUCCAUGUACUCGAAGAGAAAAAGUUUGAGUACUGCAAUGGAGAUAUUACGAAGAAUGGAGGAAAAGGAUGCAUUCGCAUGGACUACGAUGAUUGUUGGUUGCUCCAAUGGUGGCAGUCCUUUGGAAGCUUUUGAUCUCUUUGCUGAAUUGCUUGAAAAGGAUAUGAGGCCUACAGAAUAUGCUUUUACUAGUGUUCUGAAGUCAUGCGCAUCUUUGGAGAGCCUGAAAGAGGGUGCUCAAGUUCAUGGGUACGUUAUAAAAACUGGCUUUGACGGGGACUCUUCAGUUAGAACUUCACUUCUUGAUCUCUAUGCAAAGUUUGGGGACCUAUGCAGUGCACGCUUGAUCUAUGACCGAUCUCCUUCGCGUGAUGUGGUUAUGUAUACUGUGAUGAUUGGUGGGUAUGCUUGGAAUGGAAGUGCUGAACAAGCUUGUGAGAUCUUUGAACAGAGGCGUGGAGAAUCCGGAAUCCACCCCAAUGAGUUCACCUUUGCUAACAUAAUAGCUUCCGCUGCACAAUCCGGCAAGCUUGACCUCGGUCUUGGUUUGCAUGCUUUAGUCUUCAAAACAGGCCAUGCUUUGGUGGUCCAUGUAGAAGGUGCACUGGUUGACAUGUAUGCAAAGUGUGGGAACAUAAAUGAUGCUUGCAAGAUCUUUGAAAAUAUGAGGGGCAAGGACAUCAUAUCAUGCUCUUCCCUGCUUUCUGGCUUCUCUUGCAAUGGGCCAGAUGAAAAGGCAUUGCAGUUUUUCUCAAGUCUACAUAAUGCUUCCAUGAAGCUUGAUCCCUUUUUAUUAGCUAGUGCCACAACUUCAUGUACCAAGCUUGCAGAUCAGCUGCGAGGGAAACAGAUCCAUGCCCGGUGUUAG